CCGGUGCUGCGCGUGACCCGGCGGGGCCCCGACGCCGUCCACUUCGUGCAGGCGCCGCUGGAGCCGGGCGCCGAAGUGCUGCUGUCGCUGGACUGGGACCGACGCUUCGACCACAUGCAGCAGCAUUCAGGACAGCAUCUUAUCACUGCCAUCACAGAACAGAUGUUUGGGUUCAAGACAACUUCAUGGGAGCUGGGCCGUCAGCGAAGUGUCAUUGAGCUGGACACCCCCUCCAUCACCCCAGAGCAGGUAGAGGCCCUGGAGAGGAGUGUGAAUGAGAAAAUCCGGGAGAGGGUACCUGUGACAGUGAGGGAGCUGGCUGCAGAUGACCCUGAAAUUGAGACGGUGAGGAGCCGUGGGCUGCCAGGUGACCACGUGGGGCCAGUGCGAGUUGUUGACAUCGAAGGUGUGGACUCCAACAUGUGCUGUGGGACUCACGUCUCCAACCUGAGUGACUUGCAGGUUAUUAAACUCCUUGGGACAGAAAAAGGGAAAAAGAACAAAACCAACUUGGUUUUCCUGGCAGGAAACAGAGUGCUGAAGUCAAUCGAACAAAGUCACAGUACUGAGAAGGCUCUAACCUCGCUGCUCAAAAACGGACCAGGCGAGCAUGUAGAGGCUGUGAAGAGGCUGCAGAACUCUGUGAAGCUGCUUCAGAAGAAUAACUUGAACCUGCUUAGAGACAUUGCUGUUUUGAUAGCCCGGGACUUCAAGAGCAAACCUGUUCAGAGUCAGCUGUUUGUGUUACACAGGAAAGAGGGGGACUCUGAAUUCAUGAAUAUCAUUGCCAAUGAGAUCGGGACAGAGGAAACCCUGCUCUUCCUGACUGUGGGAGAUGAAAAAGAAGCAGGACUCUUUCUUUUAGCUGGACCUGUUGAAGCAGUUGAGAAUUUAGGUCCCAGGGUGGCAGAGCUGCUGGGAGGCAAAGGAGCAGGGAAGCGAGGCCGCUUCCAGGGCAAGGCCACCAAGAUGAGUCGUCGGGGAGAAGUGCAAGCUCUGCUCCAGGAAUUCAUCAACCAUCGAGGCCCUGAAGAGUAA